AUGGACAGGCCCAAGAGGCCUUUUUUUUCGUUAAAAACGACGAAAAAAGAUGAACCAUCGUCACAAGAUAAGGUGCCUACGAAAAAAUCUUUCAAGGAUAAAGUAGAUUUUUUUGAAAAGUCUACCGAUUCUAAAGAUAGUCAAGAUGCUGCUGUUGGUGGAGAGGGAUUACGUGAUGGGUCGGGUGAUGAAACAUUUGAACAAGUACUCGAAGAACGCGAUGUAUACACAAAAGAUGGCCGGAAAAAAGGCAAAAUGGUCAUCGUGAAUAUGAUAACAGUACACAAAAGUGUAAAAACUAUUAGUACCCCUGAUGCGAGUACCCCCGUUGCCAAACAUUCGUUAUCAUUUGAUCGAGAAGGUUCAAUGAGCAGAUCUUCAUCCAGAGAUAGUCUCUCGUCCCCAAAUACUUGGAGAAAAUCGUUCGUCGGUACUCGGUCACAAUUCGACUUACAUAUCGAAGAAAUAAAAAAUGAACAGGAGAGAGUGCAGAAGAAGACCUUUGUUAACUGGAUAAACUCAUAUUUAAGCCAAAGGAUACCGCCACUGAAAAUUGAUGAUUUGAUCGAAGAUCUUAAAGAUGGUACUAAAUUACUUGCUUUGUUGGAAGUUUUAUCAGGAGAAAGAUUGGCUAUUGAACGUGGUCGUAACAUGAGGAGGCCGCAUUUUUUGAGUAAUGUAAAUUCUGCAAUACAAUUUUUACAAAGCAAACGGAUCAAAUUAGUAAAUAUAAAUUCUGCUGAUAUUGUUGAUGGGCGACCUCCUAUAGUAUUAGGGCUCAUUUGGACUAUAAUUUUAUAUUUCCAGCUUCGUAAAACUGGAAUUACUGUUACAAAUAAUGACAUUGAAGAAAAUACAAAAGGACUCUCGUCAUUGAACUACUCUUUUAGUGGAAGUACGAGUAGCUUGGAAAGUAUCCGAUCUCCUACAAUGGAAAUCAACCGGAAAGCAGAUGGUGCUAAAAAAACAUUGUUAAAGUGGGUUGGAACGGUAAUACCAAAGGAAAGUAAUAUAAAAGUAAAAGAUUUUGGACCAAGUUGGAGAGAUGGUAUAGCUUUCCUUACCAUUAUAGAUACUAUACAAACAAAUUUAAUUGAUAUAACUACUUUGAAAAACGAAACAAACCGUACCAGAUUAGAAACUGCAUUUAAUGUCGCUGAACAAGAUUUAGGAAUUACUCGUUUGUUGGACCCAGAAGAUGUCGAUGUAGAUCGGCCGGACGAAAGAUCGGUUAUGACAUAUGUAGCGCAAUUUGUGCAUAAGUAUCCUGAAGUUCGAAGUGAAAGUGGUGAAUCAAUCGAUAAAAUUCAGAAAGACUAUAAUCUUCUUUUAACGUGGUUAAUGGAAAAAACUCAAUACCUGUCUUGGUCUCAAAAUUUAUCUCAAGAUUUUUUGGAAUUUUCAGCUGCCCAAGAUGAAAUUGUUUCUAUGAGUCAUUUAUAUAACAGGCUAAAGAAAAUCUGUAAUUCUGGUUCGUCAAUUGGUAUUUCGGUACAAUCCUGGAAAGAAUUAGAAAAACUAUGGACGUUAUUAGAUAAUCUAAUGAAAAAUUGGCAAUGGCAGUUAGACCUCUAUUUACCAGAACCAUUCAAAGUAAUUGGAGAAUGGAUUACAAAAGCUGAGCAACUCAUAAAUGAUAAUAAUAUCCCAACUAUUAUGAAUGAGGAGACUGCUGUUAUAAUUAGUAAAAAUCUGGAAGAUCAUAAAACAUUUUUUGCUGAUUUACCUGAAGUUCAACAAAAAUUUAAUGAGCUAUUGGUUAAAACUAAAAACCAAAACAAAGAAGUGAAUGAUCUAUCAAGACGUCUGGAUAAUAUCGAAGUAGAUUCACAUAAACGUCGAACUCAUCUAAAAUUUUUAGAACACAAGUGUUGUUUGAUUGCAUUUUUAAAUUUGACUGAGAAUAAACUAAAAGCAUGGACUGUUAAAUAUGGCCGUCAUCAGGAUGUUUUGCAGCUUCUCGAAAGAUACAACAAUUUCGUUAUAGGAAAUAAUAUAUUUCAAGAAUUUAAUAAAGCAUUUAUAGAUAUGCAAAAUGUCGUACAAGAAUAUAAACAUGAAUGCCAUAUAGAGUAUAAAGAAACAAUUGCAAUUGAAAAAUUCAUGAGACAGACUGCUGAACAAUGGAAAAGUAUUGCAAUGGAGCUGAGAUGUGCACAAAGUAUGCUUGAAGAAGUAAUUUCAUAUUGGAGACGAUGGAAAUCAUUAUCUGAAGAUAUGAAAGCAUGGUUAGCGGAUGCUCAUAAAAAAAUUAAUUUGCCACACGAGCAACGAAUUGAUUUUUUCCAGGAUAUUGGUGUCUGGAAGGAAAAAUAUGAAUUACUUAAUGAUACUGUAAGUUUUUUAAUUGCAACAUGUGAAGAUUUAAUUUGUACUGAAUUAAAGCAAGAGUUCCAAAGUAUUACAACUACGUGGGAAAGUAUAUUUUUGAAAGCUAAAGAUUAUAUGCACUCUGGUGAUAUGAUUAGAAAUCGUAAAGAAUUUUUAGAAGGAUUGGACACAUUACACAAAUGGAAUAUAAGAGCAGAACAAAUUAUGUCAUCAAUACAUUUGAGUUCGUCCCAAAAAAUUAAAGAUUACUUAAGUGACAUCCAAAAUCUUCAAACACAAUUAGAUCAAAUGGAUGAUCUUUUUAAGACAAUCAGUAAAAAAUUUCAAGUGCUAAUAAAAGAUUUAACAAGAGAUGAAGUCAAUGAGAUGAUGUUAUGUGUUAAAAAAGAAAAAGAAUCUCUCGUCAAUAUUAGAGCAAGCAUUCCUGUACAAUUAAAUGCUCUUCAUCAUAUGCUUGUUCAGUAUGAUGCUCUUGAGACAGGUCAACAAGAAAUAAAUCAUUGGUUAAAUAAUUGUGAAGAAUUUUUAUCCACAUUAAAAUUAAGUAAAAGUCAAAAAGAAUUACAUGGAGAUAUUGAAUAUUUAAAGAGCAUUAUAAUACGCAUGUCGUAUUACCAGUCUAUGUUAUCUAGCAAAAAUAAAAUAUUCCAAAGCAUUAUUAAAUCAAUUCAACCAGAGAAAGAUCAAGGAAAUAAUUCAGAGUUUGUACAAACAAUGGCUGACUUGAACGCUAAAUUUUCUAGAAUAACUCAAGAAUGUCAACAGUGGGAUAUGAAAUUACAACAAACUUUGAGAUGUUGGCAUAAUUUUAUCGAAAUAGAAAAAGUUAUACUAGACUGGAUUGAGACUAGUAAAAAAAUAUUUUUAGAGGAACAGACAAGUUCAAGACAAAAUUUAGAAUCUCAAAAAGGGUAUUUUGAAUAUUCAAAUAAUAAUAAAUGGAUUGCUGAGUUAGAAAAUGUUGAAGGUGAAUUACUUAGGUGUAUUUUACCAAGUGAACAAGAAACAAUAAAACAUAGAUCUAAAGCAAUAAAGUUAAAAUAUCAAGAAUGUUUGAGUAUGGUCCCUGCGUACAUGAAAAGAGUUGAAUUUAAACUGAACGAAAUUACAUUUAAUCAAUGUAUAAAUGAAGCAGAAAAAGAACUUAACAUUGAACAACAAAUGCUUAGUAGAAAUGAAAAUAUCAACUUAAUACUAAGAAGGAAUAUUGAAUACUUUGAAAAUGGUAUGAUUAUUAAAGAAUUAAAAUCAUGUUUAAAUAAUAUGUCUGUCGAAAGUAAAAAAAUAUCAAAUCCAUCUAUUGAUUCAAGUUUAAACAAAUCAAUCAAUCGAUUUGAAAGCAUAGAAAAAAGAACUGCAGAAAUGAGACAAAAAUGUAAACAAAUACCUAAUCAACUUGAAGAUUAUAAAUCUAAAUUUAAUAAUCUAGAAAAAUGGAUGAAUGCAGUUGAUGUUAGCGUUGAGAGAUUAUUAAAAGGACUUUUAAAUGAUGAAGAAUUUGAAAUUGAAAAAUCUAUUUUCCAAGAAAUUUGUCGUGAUGUAGAUAGUAAACGUGAUGAUAUGAAAUGGAUGGUUCAAGUACUAGAUAGUCUAUUACCUUAUGUAUCUGAAAAACAGCAACAAGUAGAACAAAAAAAUCUUGAAGAAUUAAUUGGUCGAUAUAAACAUUUAAUACCAACCAUUGAUAUGACAAUAACUAAAACUGAGAUGUAUACCAAAUGCUUUGUAUACAAAAAAGAAGUUACAGAAAUUGGAAAAAUAUUAGAAAAAGCCAAAGAUGAACAAUUACUUAACAAAGGGGAAUCACAGGAUGAUUUAAGUGAGCUCAUUAAAAAUCAGAAACAAAUAAUUGAAAGACUUGAUAAACAACGAACAAUUGUAAUGUCAACAUUGCAGCGAGGAAAGCAAUUAGUGAAAAAUGCCUCUUCUGUGCCAAACUUUAUUCCUCAACUUGUUUCCAAAUUGGAAACAGAUUGGAGUUUUAUAUACAAUGAUUCUAUUGAUAAAUUCAAUAAGUUAAAAAAUGCUCAAAGGUUAUUAAUAGAUUACACAAAAACUAAAAAUGAAGUAAUGGAAAUAAUUAAAAAAGCUGAAAAUGAAUUAAAAACAGUAUCUGAUGAUAAUAAACAUAACUCAAAAGAAAUUUCAAUGCAAUUAAGAAGUAAACAAGAACUAAGUCUUGCUUUGCGAGAAGCAGCUGAAAACAUGUUGAAUAAAUUAAGAGAUAUAUCACAAAAUUUACAUAUUCCAGAAAAAGAGUUUGCAAUUGAAAAUGAAAUUAGUAUGAUAGAAAAUAAAUUAGUAGAAACAAUUCAAACAGUGGAUAAAGAAACACAGAGAUUAGAAAAGCUCUCAAUAAAACUAUGUGAAUUAGAUUCAGGAUUAAAUAAAAUUCAUGUAUGGUCUGUUGAAUCAGCUCCUGCUGUUAUAGAAAGAAUACAACAAGAGCAAACAAAUCCUGAGAUUAAGGCUCGAGGAAUUGAAGAAAUUCAAGAUGAACUACAAAAACAGCGAAAUAGCUUAGAACGUUUAACAGAAGAUCUACAUAGUUUUGAAAAAGAAAGUGAUACGAAUGAAACACAAAAACUCAGACAAGAUUUAGAUGAAGUAAGAAUGUCCAUUUUAAAUUUAGAGUGUAACACUAAUCGUAAGAACGAAGAAAUCAAUAUUGAUCUUAAUGAGUGGCAAGUUCAUAAAGCUAAGUUAGAAGAAAUUAGACCUUGGUUAGAAAACGCAGAAAAAAAAAUAAAUACUGAUCAUGUUAAACCAAUCACAUUACAAAUGGCCAAUGAUUGGUUAAAAACUACACAAUUGAUCAACUUGGAAUGCCAAGAAAAAAUUGAAAAUCUUAAGACAAUAACUUCUGAAAACAAAACUGCAGUUAUUUUAAAUGAAGUAGAUGCAAUUCAGUCCCGUUGUAUAUCCGUACAAUCAUCAGCAGUACAACAAACUACUCGACUACAAAGAUUGUUAUGUAACUGGAAAGAAUUAAAUGAAAAAGCUCAAAAAAUAGAAGAAAAACUAAAUCAACCGUUGUUAUCUGAAUUGAAGGAAUUAAUUAUAAAUCAAUCAAUUUCCAAAGAUUUACUUGAAAAAAAAUUAAUGGAACAUAAGGCAUUAACUCAAGAACUUAACGAAUGUCUAAGUGAAAUUUCUAGUCUUUCACAAAAUCUAAAUGGGCUAAACCAACAUUUUUCACUUGAAACUACUAGUGAUAUUAAGGAGAAGUUGUCUAUUUUAAAAACCAAAAAUAAUGAAUAUUUAAAGCUAAUGCAUGAACAAAUGCAAACAAUUUCCAAUAUUAUUUCAGACAAAAAAGAACAUGAAAUCAAAGUAAAUACGUUUUGUGAAUGGUUAAAUGAAUUGGAUUCAAAAGUAAAUAAAUGCAAUAUUGUUCCAAGUACUUCAAUUGAAGAAAUAUUGAAAAAGCUUCACCUGUUUACUGAAGAACACAUGGAAAAACAGUCAUUAUUUACUGAAAUUGAAGAUGAUUUUAAACAUUUUAAUGAUAAUGCUUCAAUACAACAAUCAAUUAUGCAAUUUAAAGAACUUCAAGAUUUAAUGCAAAAGAAAAAAAUUGUACUCGAAAAAGCAAAUGAAUUUUUUAUCUGGAAUGAAACAUUAUUAGGAAAAUUGAAGCAUGCUGAAUUCCAAUUUGAUACAAAUCAAGAUAAAGUGAACUUAAUAAAUGAUAUAAGUGCUUGUUCUGAAGAAGUAGAAAUGUGGAAAAAUAAUAUAGAUUCAAUUGAACACUUAUUGCAACAAAGUAAAACUACUAUUCCAGGAUUAUCAGUUACAGAUCAAUUUAAUCAGUUAAAAUUGAAAUUGACACAAAUUCAGGAAAAACUCAAAGGAAGAGAAGAAAAUGAACAAAAAAUAAAAGAUUGUCAAAAAGUAGUCAGUGAUAUAAAUAACUAUUUAGUGAAACAAAUUAAAAUAAUGGGGAGUAAAGUUAAUGAUUAUGUAUUGACAUUAAAAUCAUGGACAGAUAUUGCUCUUAUAAUUCCAAAACUACACAAACUAAAAGACACAAGUGAACUAUUUGAACAGCUAAAGACUUUGGAAAAAGAAGGUGAAAUACUAACUCAGCUUGACAAAAGUAGCUCAUCUAAAUUUGUACAAAAUAUUUUAUUGGAUAUAAAUACACAGUUGGUUAAUUUAAAAACUACAACUGAACAGUCAAUUGCAAAUUUAACAGAAUUGAACAAUAAUUGGUUAAUUAUGAACGAUACUAAAAAUAAAAUUAAGACAACUAAAGAAGAAUGCAAAACUAUUUUAGAAUUGAUAGAAACUCCAAAUGAUUUAACUGAGGCUCAGGUAAUAGAAGAAAAGUAUAACAAAGCAUUAAAACAAAGUACAGCUUUAUUGGACGUAUUGCCUGCAGUAGAAGAAUCUGUGCAAAAAAUGGUAACAUUGGCUGAAAACUAUCCACAACUAAAUGUUAAAAAGUUUAAUCAAACUUAUAAAAAAGACAUUGAGAGUUUGGAAAAAUAUCAUGCUGAUCUUAAAAAAAAUUCUGAAAUUGCACAUUCUCAACAAGUUAUUUGGAAACAAGUGAACCAGACCAAAGAUAGUAUUUUACAAUGGUUAUCUGAUGUAAACAUUGAGCUUUUAGACUGCACAAACAAUUUUGACGAUAUUGAAAAAAUUAAAAACAAGCUUGUUAAAUACUCAGAAGAAAAAGAACUUAAUUUAGAUUUAAAAGACAAUCUUCUUGAAAAAAUAAAUAAAUUACAAAAACUUAAUGGAAAUAAACCUAUUAUAACAUUAGAAUCAUUAAGUAUAUUGAUUGAUGAUCAGUUUACGGCUGUUGAAAGUAUUGCUUGUAAUUUAGUUCGUCUAAUUACUGCUUUUACUCAACGAGAAGAUGCGAUAAGAAAUGAAAUAAAAAAACGUACUUUUGAAAUUAAUCAAAUACGAGAAAAUGUUAGUAAAUGUGACAACUUAAAUAAUGAGUUAGAUACAUUAUUGAUUAAUUUAAAAUCUUGUCAAAAAUGCAAAACUGAAUUGAUUAAAAUGAAUCUGAACAUAGACACUGUUAAUCAUUCAGUAUCAGAAAUGACUGAAACUUUUCCUAUAAUUGCAGAAUCAACAGCAAUUAAGGAAUUAAAAAGUCUUAAGAAACGAUAUGAAAGUGUUGUUCAACAGGUUGAUAAAGUUGAAACAACAUUAAUGACAUAUUUAAAAAAACAUUUGGAAGAUGAUUUGAAUAACAUUCUACAUUCAAUAAAAAGUAUUGAUGAAAAGCUAACAUGGUGUAAGCCUGAAGAAGAAAUUGAGAAAGAACAAAUAGAAAUUAAACUUGGUUCUGUUGAGGAUAUCAAAAGAAACUUAACUGUAAUUCAGGAACAAAAAUUUAAAAUAGAUCAAGUAUUAGAAUACCUUAAUCAGCAUUCAUCGUUGGAUUUAAACUUAGAAGAAUUGAGCCACAAUGAUAAGCUAUUAAGUGUUAACCUUGAGAACGCUGAAAAACAGAUUAAUGAACUUAAGGUAACUCUAGAAAAAAUUAUAAGGUUCUGGGUUGAAUAUCAAAACCAUCUGGAUAAUAUUCUACCGUUAAUUAAUGUUUUAAAAAAUGAUAUAAGGCUCUCAGUGGAAAUUCCUAUUGAUAUGAAUUCAAUAAAUAUUAUGGAAGAAAAUGUAAAUAAAUUUCAGUUUAAAAUCGAUACAGCCAAGCAAUUUUUGAAUGAACUUGAAUCUUGUGUCAAAAAUAUCAAAUGCAUUGAUAGUAAAUCAACAUUAGAUAAUCAAGUUAUUAAAGUUAAACGAAAAUUGGAAUCUUAUCAAAAUAGCAUCAGUAAAUGUUUGGAAAGAAUAAAACAUUUAAAAGAUAUGAAAAAAGAAUUUAAUAUUUCUUAUGAAAAUGCUGAUAAAUUAAUAAAAGAAUUAAGUAAUAAAUUUAAAUCUAUUGAAACCAAUCAACCUGUUGGGAAAAAAUCUAUUCAAAAUGCUCAAUCAGAUUUAGAAAUUAUGAAAAAUCUUAACAAACAACUAGAAGAAAGUCAACAAUUAGUCAAUGACACAGUAUCAAAAGGUGAAUGUAUGUAUCCUGACAUUACUAUGGAAAAUCGGGAUGAAAUAAGAUUCAAAGUUAAACAAUUAAGAUUAUCUUGUGAAAAUUUAAAUGACGAAUGUGGAAAUAUAACAAAAGCAAUUGAAAAUGUUUUAGUACAAAAAUCAUCAUUUGAUGAAAGUAGUAAACAAAUUCAAAAUUGGCUUCAUGAAACAGAAGAAAAAUUAAAUGAUUAUAAAAGAAUAAAGAAAAAUAAUAUUAUUGACAAAAAAACUAAUUGCAAUAAUUUAAAAACAUUAAAACAAGAUUUAAUUGCUUAUAAAGAUAACAUUAAUCAGUUAAAAGAAAAGGUAACUCAAUUAAAUGAACCAGAUACUGAUCUAAAAUUAAACGACUUUUUGAAAAAGUAUGACAAUAUUGCAUUAGGAGUGAAUAAAUGUUUAAAAUUAAACGAAUUACAUUUGAAAAAUCAUGAAUUGUACUUAGAAAAUAUUGAAAUGUUUAAUAAUUAUUUCAAGGUAUUACAAGACGAGUAUUCAGUUGCAGUCAAUAAUCUUUCAGAAACAGAUUUUGAUGUGUUUAUAAAUAUAAUUGGUCAUAAAUCUGAAGGAGAGUUAAUACUAGAAAAAUGUAAAGAAAUUGGAAACACUGUAUUAAAAGAAACUGAUAUAGAUGGUAAGACUGCAAUACAGAAUGAACUCGAUGAAAUUAAAAUUAACUGGGAAAGUUUAAUAUUGAAUUGUGAAAAUACUUCAAAAAUGUUAAGCCAAAAACAAAAUCAAAAUGAUGAAAUUUUAACUAAAAUUGAAAAUCUGGAUAAAUAUUUAAAAUCAAUUGAAACACAAAUUAAAGAUAGAAGUUUAAAAAAUUCAUUAUCAAGUAAACAACAAUAUUUGGAAAAAUUGAAACAAUUUGAUGAAGAUAUCACAAAAAAGCACAAAGAGAUUUUAGAAGUACAAUCUGAAACUAUUGAGGUUUCACCCAAUGUAAAUAGUGCAAUUACUAAUUUAAUAAAAACUUUCCAGAGUGUUAAAACCAGAACAAAGGAAUCAAUAUUGAGGUAUGAAAAUUUUGUUAGAGAACACCAGCAUUUUGAUUUGAGUUAUGAAGAAUUUAGUAAAUUAGUAAAUUGCUUAUCAGAAGAAUUAAACCAAUAUAGUGAAGUUGUUGGCGAUUUAGGACUUUUACAAGCAAGGCAAAAGAAACUGUUAGCAUUGUUAGAUUCAAAAUGUCAACAAAGUGUGCAAUAUGAGUCUCUUGUUAAUAUGGCAGAAAAAUUAUAUGCCCAAACUUCUCCAGAUGGAAGAGAAAUAAUUCGUCAAAAUAUGAAGGGUCUGAGAAAUGAAUGGGAAUUAGUGUCAGAGACUUUGCAAUGCAGCUUAAGCAAACUUGAUAAUUGUUUAUUGCAAUUUGCUGAAUUUUCAUUGUCACAAGAACAACUUACCAAAUGGCUGAAAAAUAUUGAGCAAGCAAUGCAACAGCAUACUGAAACAAAAGCUACUUUACAAGAGAAAAAAGCUCAACUUCAGAACCAUGUUGUUAUUAAUCAAGAAAUAUUGUCUCAUCAAAAUCUGGUACAAUCAGUAUGUGACAAGGCUCAAGAACUCGUUAAUCAAACUAAAGAUAACACUUUAAACACAUACUUAGAAUCAAUUAAAAAUCUUUAUGAAAAAAUUGUUACAAAAUCUAAGGAGUUAAUGGAUUCGUUAGAGCUUUCUGUUCAAAAUCAUUCUGAAUUCAAUAAUGUUUGUCAGAAACUUAAAUUGAUGUUAAAAGAACAAUGUGAUAAAAUUCGAGAAAAUGAUAGUAUUGCUACAGAAAAAGACAAUAUUGUUAAAAAAAUGAACAUACUUAAAGAAAUGAAAAUAGUAAAUACAACUGAAAAUGAAUUAAGAAAUCAUCUUGAACAAGUAUUUCAAUUGGUUAGCAAGACAACCACAAAAAAAGGAAUUAAUGUUAUGUCAAAAGAAAUUUCAAAAAUAGAUAAUGAUAAAUUACAGUUAAUAAUACAACUUGAUACUAUUAUUGAAAAAAUGGAAGACAUUUUGAUUCAAUGGACUGAUUUUGAAAGUGAAUUUGAUGAGAUUACCAACUGGUUUAGAUUAACUGAAUCACUUAUUAAAGAUCAACAAUUGCAAUCAACAUUUGAAAAAAAAGAAAAUAAACUAAAACUUUAUACAGAUAAACGAAAUGAAAUAUUAAAUUAUGAACCUAAAAUAGAAAAAUUCAUUGAUAAUUCAAAUAAUUUAUUACAUACAAGCGGAGUAGAACGUCUAAAACCACUUAUACUCCAAGUUGGAAAUCGGUACCAAUUAAUUCUAGUUUUAAGUAAAGAAAUGAUUGCUAAAUGGCAAAAUAUUACUGAUGAUCAUAAAAAUUUCAAUAACAAAUUGACUGAAUUCGAGUCAUGGUUAGACACUUUGGAAAGUAAACCGGCUCAAAUUUUGGAUGAUGAUGAUUUAGAUUUAAAUAAAAAACUAUCACAGUUACAAAAUAUUUAUGGUAGCUCUGAUCAAACAUCAGUAAAAAUAUCAUUAUUAACAUCUCUUGGUGAACGUUUAUAUCCUGAUACAUCUGCUGCUGGGCGUGAAACUAUUCGUCAACAACUUAAAGAUAUUCGUGAUAGAUGGGACAUAUUAGAUGAAAAAGUAAAAACAGCUCAAAAAACUCUUGGAGUCCAAUCACAACAAUGGAAUAGUUAUCAAGAAACUCUUUUACAAACUAUUAAUUGGUUAGAAGGUAUAGAAAAAGUGAUUGCUUCUAACCAGUCACCCAUUUGGUCUUCUCCGCAAGAAAUAAGAUCAAAACUUUUAAAACAAAAGGCAACAAUGCAAGAAAUAAAUUCACAUAGUCGUAUGAUAGAAACAAUAAUGGAGAAAGGGAAAACUAUAAAGAAGCCCAAAGAUGAAUUUGAUUCAGAUAUGUCAUUGAAGGAUAGAUAUGAUCUGUUACGUGAAAAAAUGAAUAAUUCUAUUUCACAACUCGAAAACUACUUAGAGACUUAUCAACAAUACCAGGAUUUACAUAAAUCAUAUCUCGAUACUCAAAAACAACUUUGGGAUCAACUCUCAUUAUAUACAGAUUAUUCAGGGAACAAACAAAUUUUAGAGUCCCGAUUAAAUAAAGUUAAUGUUAUACAAACGACUUUCAAUAACAAUAAAACAACUUUAUUGACAAUGGAACGUUUUGUAGAAGGCUCAAAGGAUACAGUUCCACAAAAAGCAAUUGACACUAUGUUGAGAGAUCAUACAAAUUUACAAUUUGAACAAGAAAAAUUCCAGUCAUUGUUAAAUGACUUAUUAGAAGGUUUACAAAGUAGAAUAAAUCAAUGGGCAGAGUUUGAAAAUCUAAUGCAUCAGUUAAUUUCUUGGCAUAAUGAUACCGAAAAAAAAUUACAAAACUAUUCAGAUAAGGGUACAGUUGAAGAAAAAACUCAACAGUAUAAUAAAUUUCAGGAUUUAGAAAAAGAAAUUAAAGGAAAAUCUAAUUCGGUGAAGGAUUUAAUUGCAUUUGGUGAUCAUCUUCAACAAUCAUUGGUGGAUGAUAUGAAAAAUAAAGUUUUAGACAUAGAUAAACAUAUUGAUCAAUCAAAUGAGUAUAAAUCUACAAGAGAAGCACAGUUGUCAACCAAAGUCAAACAAAUAUCAUCUCGUUAUCAAUCAAUGGAAACUACAAUUAAGGACAUUUUAAAUAAAUGUAAUGAAUCUAUUAAAAUUCACCAAGAAUAUGUGGAUAAAUAUAAUGAAUGUUCAAUUCAACUAUCAAAUGUUCAAAGUCAAUUUAAAAAUUUAAACAAACCUCCAUUGUCAUCACAAGCUAAUCAUCAAUAUUUAAUUCAGAAAAAUGCAAAACUAAAUGAAUUAUUAGACACAAAGCCAAGUGUAACAUGUUUGUUGAAUAGCUGUAUAGAAUUAGGAGACAAUUUGUAUUUGAGUACAUCUACAUCUGGAAGAGAAAAGAUAAAAUGUCAAUUGGAUGAAGUUCAAACAAUAUUUGACACUUUGUACGAUGAUCUUUUGAAUAUCAACCGAGAAGUAAAAGAUCAACUAACUAGAUGGAGUGGAUUUGAAGAACUAUACAAUGAAUUAAACCAAUGGUUUAACAAUACAAAACAGAUAUUGAAUAAGGAUUUAGUACUCAAAUCUACAUUGGAUGAAAAAAAAAUGCAGUUACAAAUUUAUAGAGAUAUGCUUCAAGCAACAUUAAAGAGAAAGCAAGAUAUUGUAAAGUUACAGGAUCUUACUAGCAAAAUGCAAAUGCGAGAAAAUAAUGAUAUUCUUUUAUCAUCCAUGAGUAAACAAUAUGAUGACAUUUUAAAACAAAUUCAAGAUUUUGUAGACAAAUAUGAAGCGAUUGUAAAAGACCAUGAGCAGUAUACUAAAUCUGUGAUGGAAAUGCAAGAAUGGCUUGAUGCAACACAUAAUACAUUAAUGCUUUGGGGCGAUACAAAUUUGGAAAAGAUUUCUUUGUUGAGCAACCUGGACAGAAUAAAGAAUUUGUUAUUAAGUCUUAAUGAAGAAGAAAAUAGGAUUUAUAACAUACAAAAACUAGCAGAAAAAGUUAUUCCCGGUACCAUUGAAAAUGGUCAAGUAAAUAUUAGGGCACAAAUUGACUCAUCGCAACAAGAUUGGGAAGGACUCAUGACGACAGUAAAAACAUCAAUAGAAGCUUUAGAAAAUAAACUUCAUAGUUGGAACGAAUUUGAUGUACUCAAAGAAUCAUGUUUAACAUGGUUACGAGAAACUGAUUAUAAAAUUCAUGCUAUUGAUUUAAAAAAUUCAUUACAAGAAAAGAAAACUCAGCUUGAAGAACUUAAGGAUUUACAAGGAGUGAUUCGAGCUAAAGAGUUUGAGAUUGAUUCAAUUACAGAAAAAUCACAAAACUUAUACAUAAUGUCAAUGUCAACCAAAAUUUCUCAGAUCACAGAAAUUGUUCAAAAAUUUCAUCAGCUUUCAAUGAAAAUAAAAGAAUUGGUUGGAAAGUGGCAACAAUUUGUAAACAAUCACUUGGAAUUUGAAAGCAGUUUAAGUGAAGCCAUUAUUUGGUUGGAUUCUGCAGACGAUAAAUUGACAAGUUGUACAGAUUUCAAAUCUACCAGUAAAGCUGAUUUAGAAGAAAAACUUAUUGUUAUUCAAGACAUCUUGUUAUAUAAAGACGAUGGUUUUAAUAAAGUCCAAAAUUGCAUUGAAAUAGCACAAAUAGUUUUAGCUAAUACUGCACCUGAAGGUCACAAAUCAAUAAAUGAAUCACUUACAUCUUUACAAGAACAUUGGAGUAGCUUAGCAACAAAAAUGGUUGAAACUAAGACAAAUAUUGACGAAUCAAUUCAGCGGUGGUCAGGAUUUUUAGAACAUGUAAAACAAGAAGGAAAGAUAAUAGAAAAAUUUGAAGAUGCAUUACCAGAGUUAGAAGAAUUUCAAGGGACUAUGUCUGAAAAAAGAGAUCAAUUAGAAAAAUUAAAACAUUUAGAUGAAAAAGUUCGCUGUGAAAAGUUAGAAAUGGAUUCUUUGAAAUUGAAAGCACAUGAAAUGUUAAAAACGGGACAUCAAAGCAAUGCUGUGGCAGAAACACAAGAAGUAUUUAAUAAGUUUGAUCAAAUUUCAGAUAAAGUCAAGAAAUUACUUAAUCAACGUGAGCAACAAUAUAAGGAUCACAAAACUUAUAAAGAAGCAUACGAGGAGCUAUUUAAUUUUUUGAAUAGAUCUCGAGAUAAAAUACCAUCACUAAAAGAACGACCACUUAGUGAUAAAUUAGCAAUUGAAAAUGCAAUAACACCAUUGGAAACCUUAUUAAAUAAAAGAGCUCAAGGUGAAUUGCUUUUAGAUAACUUGAACACAAUUGGAGGAAUUAUAAUUGCAAGUACUUCUGAAAAUGGAGAAAAAAUUAUAAGACAAGAAAUUUCAUCCAUAGCUGACGAAUUGAAUAAAUUAUUUGAUGAUAUAUUAACACAAAAAGAUAAUCUCCAUGCUAUUCAUACACAUUGGAGAGAAUAUAAAGAUGAAUAUGAAAAACUAUCAGAUUGGUUACAACAAAUUGAUAUAUCUAUGAAGGCUAUUAAAAAUACACCAUUGGCAACAGUAUUAGAAAAAACUGAUCAAGUAAAACAAAUACAGGAUGUAUUAGAUAAUUUAGUAAAAGGCAAAUCUAAUAUUGAGAAAUUUAAUGAAAGUUCGGGACCACUUUUAAAAUCUCAUCUUGAAACUUAUGUCAAUAAUCAGUUAAGACAUCUUAACUCCCGUUAUGAAGUUCAAGUGAAUUUGGCAAAGGAUGUACAAAGAAAAGUAGAGACUAACCUUGAACAUCACGUGCAGUAUGAAAAUUAUCUAGAAAAAGCUAAAACAUGGAUAAAUGAUGCGAAAGAAGCAAUUAGGUUUGGGAAUGAAACAACAACAGCUAAUACUAGUAAAGAAGUCUUACAAUCUCGUCUUGAUAACAUUUUGGAAUUAUUAAAAUCACAAGAAGAAGGUCAAUUAAUUAUUCAUUCCACUGUAAACUCUGGUGAAAAAGUUUUGAGAAGUACCAGAUCUGAUGGAAAAGAUCUAAUAAAUAAUCAAUUAAAAGAAAUCCAAGUAGACUGGGAUAGACUUGUAAAGAAAAUAGCUACAUCAAAAGUGCAUAUUGAAACAAGCCUCCUACAAUGGGCCGAUUAUAAUUCAUCAUACUCACAUCUAGAACAAUGGAUUUCAGAUCGUGAAGCUAAACUCGAUGAAGUCUGUGAACUUAAGGUAUCAAAAGCGAAAAAAAAUCAAGCUGGAUUUGGAUCUCUAAGUAUUGGAGAACGUAAAGCAACAUUACGUAGAACCAAUAGUAUUGUUCAAGACAUAGUUUCUUUUGAACCUAUGAUUCAAAAAGUAACUCUUAAGGCUGAAGAUUUACAACAGGCUGUACCUGCAAAUGAAAUUACUAAUAAAUACCACACAUUAAGUAUCAAAGCAAAGGAUCUUUAUGAAAGGCAAAAAGAAACUGUAAAAUUACAUCAAGAAUUCAUAGAUGCUGGAAAUGAUUUUGCCACAUGGUUAAGAUCUGCUAAAGAACGUGUUAGUAAGAUAUCUGAACCAACAGGAGAUAAAGAAAUGUUGAGUGCUAAGUCUGUUCAAUUUAAGGUAUUACAGAGUGAAUUACCUACAGGACAAAACAAAUUGGAAUUUGCUCUUGAAAGAGCAGAAAAAGCUUGUUCCUUUGCUGAUGAAGAAGAAAAAGAAAUAAUUGAACAAGAAGUGGUAAUGUUACAAGAAGAAUUUGAUAUACAUAACGACACUCUUCAAAAAACAAAAGCAUUAUUAGAAGAUGGCAUAUACAAAUGGAAUGACUUUGAUGAUUACUCUAAGGGUGCAACAGAAUGGUUGAAUAAUACUGAAAAACUUGUUCAGUCAUAUAAUAAACUGCAGCCAAGUUUAGAAGGAAAAAAAGAAGCAUUAGAAGAAUUCCAAACUCAUUUGCAAACCUUAUUUGAUUGGCAGAAAGAAUUAGAUAUUUUAAAUGGAAAAGCACAGGUUCUAUUGGAAACAUGUUCUGAUACACGUUUAUCAAAUUCAAUUACUCAGAUGACAACUAAAUACAAUACAUUACUUUCUUUAGCUAAAGAAGUAAUGCGACGUUUAGAAUUACAUUAUCAAGAACAUCAGCAACAUAAUUCCCUAUACCAGGAAUGUCUGGAUUGGCUUGAAAGAACUCGAGAUAAAUUAAACGAAUGCGAAGAAAUACCUAACAGUUUAAACGAAGUGAAGAGUAAACUUCAAAGUUUGAAAGUUAUUAGGCAAACACUUGAACAAGGUCAAAAUCGUUUAAGAUACAUAAUGGAAUUAAAAGAAAAAGUUGUUCUAAGUACUGAACCUCAAGGUGCUGUUAAGAUUGAAGAAGACACAGAAAAUUUAAGACAAGAAUUUGACAAGCUUUCUAAUAAAAUUCAAGUGUGUAAUAAUAAUUUAACAAUAAAAGUAUCACAACUUGAAGAAUUAGAGAAAUGUAUAAAAAUAUUAAAUGAAUGCUUGGAUGAUAUAAGCUCUAAAAUCAAUGGAAAUGAUCUUGAUCAACCAUUAAAUGAUUUAAGUGAAAAGAAAACUGCAUUUGAAAAAUUGAAGUCUCUGCUUCAUGAACUUAAUACUCACAAUGAUUUAGUUAAUCGCUUAUCGACCAAUAUUGACAAUAAGUCUUCUUCAUCUCCGGAAUCAAUAACUUGUGUAUCAAGAUAUAAUAAUCUUAUUAAUAUGAUAACUAAUAAACUAUUGGCUAUGGAAAAUCAAGUAGCAGAACAUGAAGAUUAUAGAACUGAGUUUAUAAACGUAAAUGAUUGGUUAAGGAAAACUCGAGUUGCAGUUCAAAGUUGUGCUGAUACACAUGGUGAUUAUAAAGUUAAUGCUUCUAAAAUCAGCCAACUAAAGAAUAUUGAGGAAUCUUCUCAAAAUGGUGAAGUAAUGAUCAAAGACGUUUUAACACAAAUUGAAACUUUGAAAAACAGUACUGGACCAGAAGGUUGUGAUAAAUUGAACCAAGAUAAAAAUCAAUUAAACAGUGACUGGGAUGAGCUAAAGCAUUUCAUUAAAGAAGUUCAAUCAGCAUUAAAUAAAUGUUCUAAGGCGUGGGAUGAUUUUAAUGUAGUAUAUAAGGCAUUAAAAGAUUGGGAAACAGAUUUAACCAAUAAAGUCAAUACAGCUUCGUCGUCUAAUGAAACAUACACUCCAGAUGAUUUGGACCAAUACAAACUUUGGCUUCAAGAAAUCAUUAAUCAAAAUUUAUCUAUUGAAGAACUCACUGAUCGGUGUGAAUCAUUAAUGGAAUUAAGUGCAUGCAAUUGGGUUAGGGAUGACACAUUAAAAAUACAAUCAUCAUACACAACUUUAUUAACUACCACUCAAGGACUUGUAUCAAAGGCAGAGAAGAGUUUAACUGAUCAUACUGAAUUUAUAGCAGCAAAAGAAAAAGUUGAAGAAUGGUUAAAUCGUGCUCAUGGUACAGUUCAAGAUUGUAUUGGUGAAGGCGAUUUAGAUUGGGUGAAAGACAAAUUACAAACAGUACAUCUGGUUUCUUCUAGAAUAACAGAAGGUCAAUACUUAAUGAAUGGUAUGCAGGAAGUUUUCACCAAAGCAUUGAAUAACACAUUAGCUGCAGAAAGAAAUGCUUUAGUUAAUGCUAUGGAAGAACUAAAUAAUAGUUGGAACAGUUUAAAUAUUGAUUUAAACUCUGUUAUUGCACAUUUGAAAUCUCUUCAAGCUCGCUGGGAAGAAAACAAUGAAGCAAAAGAUAAUCUUGAGAAAUGGCUAAGUUCACUGGAAUCUAAAACCACUAAAAAGCAUGAUUUUAGAGCAGAUGUUGGAGAAAUGAAAACGCUUCUCGAAAGAUUAAAUCAUUCAAUAAAUGAGAUUGAUGAAAAAGAAAUAGAUUUCAAUCAUAUUAUUACUGAAACCGAAGAACUUUCAAAGUUCUGUAAAAAUAAUAAUCUUAAUGCUGAUAUUAAACAAUUAAAAACAAGGAAAAAUAUUCUUAAAGAAAAAACAUUGAAACGUAUAGAUAGCCUUGAAAGUGAAAUAUCACAACAUUCUAAUUAUUUACAAGCACUUCAAGAAUCUGAAAAAUGGUUAUUGCAAAUAUCAUUUCAGUUGAUGGCUCAUAAUUCGUUAUAUAUCACCAAUAGACAACAAACACAAGAACAAAUAAGACAUCACCAAGUCUUACUCAAUGAAAUUAUUCAAUAUCAAGAAGUAUUAGAUGAUUUAAAAUCGAAAGGAAAAACUCAAAUAGAACGUUAUGUUACAUCUACACCAACAAUUCAGACAAUAGUUGAACAACAAUUGAGUAAUAUUCAAGAUAGUUAUAAUUCCUUGUUUAACACAGCCCACCAAAUAAAAGCUAGAUUAGAAGAGUCUUUAUUAAAAUUCAAACAAUAUGAAGAUAUGUUGGAAAGUAUUUGGUCAAAUUUGGAUGAUUAUCAACCACUUAUGAACAAAACCAUAGAUGAUAAUUGGUCUCUUACCGAAGCUAAAGAGCAAUUAACAAUUUACCGAGAUCUUUUGGAUAAAUUACAAGGGGAAAAAAUUAGGUUGGCUUUAGCUGUACAGGCUUGUGAGGCUGCGGUAGCGAGUAUAUCAAGACCUAGCAGUCCUGUAGAGUCUACAAGUUCUAUGAUUCCCGAAAAAGAAAUUGCCAUCCGUUUACGCUUAGAAGAAAAUCUUGAUCAGAAAAGCAAACCGUCACCAGAACCCUCUAAAACACUGUUAUCAAUGCUUGAACAUUUAGAAGACACAGGCAUACCUAAGCUUUUAAUUCCGUAUACUGAUUAUGUGCAAAACUAUGUUGAUGAAUUGGUCAAUAUGAUAUCAAUUUUGGAAAAUAAACACAACCAGCGUGCAAUAGUUUAUAAAUGGAUUGAAGAAGAAAUGAUUAUUUUGAACAAAAUGAAGGAAAAGCCAACUAGGAUUAACAUAGAUGCAACUAAUCAAGAAAUAAUCAAUUUAAAUGAAAUAUUACAAAAUGUUAAUGAUAAAAAAUUGGAAUUAAUGGAAUUAGUAUCAGAUGAUCCAUCUGAUAAACUUGUUACUGAUUUUAACAAUUUGAUAGAUAUGAUAAAUCAAAUACUCCUGAAAAAACAAUCUGAUCAAAACUUAUUGUCAGUAUAUAAAAAUAGCGAAACAGAUUUACAAAAUUGGUUUGAUAAUUUGUCUAAGUGUAUUGAAUCCUUGGAAAAAGGCAGUGGAAAUACAUGUCAACAAAAACUAGAUCUGUUUAAUGGUAUCAAAGAAGAUUAUAUCAAUAAUGGAGAAAAACUCAUCAAUAAUUUAAGGUUGAACUGUCAAAAUUUAAAAGAAGUAGUCAGUAUAUCAGAUGUUCAAUUACUUGAUGAUCAGAUGAAAUCCGCUGAUAGGCGUUAUAGAGACUUUUGGACAAGAAUGGAAAGAAAAUAUGAAAUAUUAGAAAAUUCCAAAAAAAAUUUACUAUAUGCUAAGUCACAAAUAGAAGAAAUUAAUAGUUGGAUAGAUGAAAAAUCACAACUGUUGGAUGAAAAUAAGAUAAUUAGUUAUGAUAGUAACAAUGUUGAAAAGAAGUUAAUUGAUUUUAAAAAUAUUAAUAAAGAAGCAGAGACAAAACAAAUCUUUCUAACUGAUUCGCUUUCAGUUAAACUCAAUGCUAUAGAAUUUGAAUCAGAGCCAAUAGAAUACAAUAACCUUGAAGAGAAAUUCUACAAGCCUACUAUCAACAAAAUGGAUAAUUUUAAAACAAAAAUAAAUGAAAGUCUAUUAAAAAUUAAAAACAUGCAUGAAGCCAGUCAAAAGUUUGAAAAUUCUCUUAAUCAAUGUAACGUGUGGUUAGAUCGUAGUGAAAAGGAUCUCUCACCAGAUAAAUAUAAACUUGAACCUUUAGAAUUAAUUGUAGCUGAGAAAAAUAAUGAAAAAAUUUUGAAUUUCAAAGUAGACAUUCAAUGUUUUAAAGAUGGAAAAUUAUCAGAUUUGGAAAAAAAUAGUCAAAUUUUAUCUGCUUUUUGUGAUGAAGACAAUAUUUUAGUAAUACAAUCAGUCUUAAAUGAUGUUCUAAAUAAAACUAAACAAAUUGAUACUAUGAGUAAUUUUAUUGAAGAAAAAUCAAAAUCUAUUUUGGAAAAUAGAAAAAAUGUUGAAAAUAAUGUUAAUUUAUGUCAACAAUGGUUUAGUGAAGUAGAAGUGAUCAUGUCUGCUGAUGUCCGUCUAUCAAGUUUAAGUAUUGUGGAAGAUCAACUGCAAAAGUAUGAUGAUCUUAAUAAGAGGAGUUCUGAAAUUGAUCAUAUUAUUGAACAACUUAAGAUAAUUAGUGAACAAAUGGUAUUGUGUGAACCAGAUACAUUAAAAAUUAGUGAUCAAAUUUUAUCAUUGGAAAACAGUCAAAAAAGAACAAAAGCCAUGAUCAAAGAUAGAAUUGAAAUAAUUGGACAGUAUCUGGAAAAAAUUAAAAAUAUUUCAAAAACUGUAGAAGAAAGUAAGAAAAUGAUUCUAAAAGUUCAGUCAAACUUGCAAGAGCUCGAUCGUCCAGUGGGAAGUACUAUGGAUGAUGUAAAAGACAUGAUAAUGUCUUAUGAAACAUUGUUAAAAGAACUAAAAGAAUGGAAUGAUAAAUUUAGCGAUAAUGAUAAUGAAUCACUCAAUGAAAUUGUUAAGCAGCAAGAAGAUCUAAUCAAUACAAUUGAAAAACAAUUAUUAAAACUUAGACAAUUAUUACACCUUCAUGAGCAGUUUAUGACAUUAAUUGCAGAUAUUGUUAUGUUUCUUACAAAAUAUUCUAGUGUGGUCAAUGAGAUUGGAAAAUCUGGAAACACUAUUCAAAACAAAAUUAAGCAGUUUGAUGAGGUUACUGUUAAGAUUCAAGAGUGUGAAGCAACUCUUUUAUUGGCAACAGAUAAAGGUGAAAGAAUUGCUGAAGUAGGUUCUGCAUUUGAUCAUAACAACAUAACUCAGCAGUUGCAGUCAUUAAAACAACAAUUGCUUACUUUGAGAAAAGCUGUGGAAAAAGAAAGACAAAAACUUGAAGCUACCGCAGCAGAACACAUUAAACUUGCUUCUGAUUUAGAACAAGUUUUAGAUUGGAUACGUGAAAACGAGGCUCUCAUUAAAUCCAGACCAUUACUUGAAAUUAAUAUUAAUAGUGUUGAAACCGAUUUAAAAACACACGAGGAAUUAAAAGUAAGAGUUGAUGAAUAUUUGUCUCGAUUAAAAACGAUACAUUCAACGGCUCAAAACGAAAAUAUUGAAGACAGCACAAUGCUUGAAUGUUUGAGUGAAGCUAGCUCAUUUCUAAAUACUAUACCAAAAGAAUUGCAAGACAGACAAACGUAUUUAAAUAUAAAUAAAGACUAUCGUAUAAACUAUGAACAAUUAAAGGAUAAAUUUAUGUUGUGGAUUAACGAAGCUAAACAAAAAUUAAAAUCUGCCGAAGAAGAUAAAAAUGAUUACACGAGUAUAGUUUCAAAUUUGGAAUAUUUACAAGCAUUUUUCAGUGAUAAAAGUAUUUAUGAUUUAGUCACAAAGAAAAUCAAACAUUCAAUAGAUAAAAUUAGACCGUCCUUAACGUCUCAGCAAAACGAUGUACUGACGGCAGAACAACAGGGUUUCAAUAAAGACCUCGAAGAUGUAAUGAAUUCGGCUAAAUUGGUUCAGAAAAAAAUGGAAGAUGAAUUUGGUCUUUUGAAGGAGUAUAAAAGUGUUGUCGAUAAAGUAUCAUCGAUUUUAGACCGCUGUAAAUACAACGAAGAUCCUAUUCAAAACUUAGCUGGUUUAUACUUCAAUGUUGAAAAAAUUACAUUAGUGCAAAACGAUUUACUUCGCCAACAAAACGAACUGGAAUUAUUAUUGAAUAAAUCAAAACAGUUUGUGGCCAACAACGAAAUCCAAUCUGAAACCGAUUCACUUACGAAACAAUGGUCGGAACUAGAAAAAGAAAUGUCAUCUCGAAUAAUGUUAGUGACCGAAGUCGGUGAUAAAUGGAAAAAUAUCGAAGAUGAGUGUAGAAAAAUCGAAACUGAGUUUACUCGUAUAAAAGAUGCUUUAAUAAGCGUUGAUCAAGUGAUUAGAUCGAAAGAUCAAUUAGUUGAGUCAUUAGUUACACUCCACAAACUAAAAGAAAACUUGGAUGUUUGUGGCGAUCGGCUUAAAAAUAUUAUGCCGAUUAGUGAGAGUGUUAUCAACUUUUUAACUUCCGAAUCCCAUCCCGCAUCUUCUGCUUUGAAAGAUGACAUUAAAUCACAUUCUAAUAAAUAUGAAUCACUCGUGAAUCAAUUGAGCAACGAACUCGGUCAAUUUGAAGUGAAUUUGAAUGAUUUCAACGAGGUUGAAGUCCAACUAGACAAAUUAGAGUUGUCUCUGAAUAAUCUCAAACCCGAAGUGGAAUAUUUUUACGUAUUCGCUCAAGACACUGAACAAACUCAGAAGGAAUUUGACAAUUUAUCAGAGAAAGUAAAAGAAGCCGCUAAUGAUUUAAAAAAGUUUAUCGAAUGCACACAAAACAACUAUAUUUCAUUACAAAAAUUAGUGCCAAACGAUUUGUUAAGCAAGUUCAAUCCGUUGGAACUCGUCUCCGAAGAAUUAAUGAGUUUGAUGGAUUCAAACAGUAGAGGCCUAAAACGGGCCAAAACCGUUCGGACUGAGUAUGUGAAAUAUGUAGACGAUGUGCAGAGAUGGCUUCAGGAGGCUGAAGUGAAGGUUCAAGAUCGCGGCAGUGAACCAAAAAAAAUCAAAGAACAUAUACAGACUAUUGAAGAUGAAAUAAGUGUAAUUAAUGAUAAACUAAAUAAAGCUAUUAAACAUGGUAAUGAGAUCGUUGAAAAAACAAAAGAUGAAGAAGAAAAAGAAAUGAUUCCAAAAACGAUCGAAUCGUUAGUAGGAAAAAUGAGCCAAGUGAAACUUUGGUUGGACGAAAAACGUAAUCAAAUUGGUGACACUUUGGACGCCUGGCAAAAAUUCUUAUCUGUUUAUGACUUAGUGAUGGCCUGGUGCCAAAGUAAAACAAAUUAUUUAGAGGAACCAAUAACUCUAAGUUCACUUGAAGUAGUUAAACAAAAAGCUCAUGAAUUUUCGGCUGCUGUGAAAUCAAGCAAACAACAGAGCAAACAUCUAGCUGAAAUGAGCAAAGAAUUGGAUAUUAUUGCUUUGUCAACUGAUGUUGGACAUUUACCUGAAAAACUAGAAGAAGCUAAUAAUGCUAAAAAUGAUGUAGAGGGAAAGCUUUCAGAAAAGAAUGCUUUAUUGCACGAGACAUGUGAAGAAUGGGAGCAAUUUGAAAGGAAAUUAAAAGAAGUUAAAUUAUUUAUUGAAAAAUCUCAAAAUGCUAUUGAAUCAGCUGUUAACAAAAAACGAACACUACGUGAACAACAUGAUCUAAGGGAAAAGAUGUUGGCUGAUAUUACAAUACAAAGAAAAAAGAUUACACUGUCAACUGAAAAAUUGCAGAUUCAUUUCCAAGCUGGUUUUGGUGGCAGUGAAAACAUUGAGCAUUUAGCUAAAGACAAUUUGUCUCAGCUAGAUAAAUUGUUCAAAAUUGUGGAAGAGCAAGCACAUAAUUUGGAAGAAAGUCUCUCACAACUGGAUAAAUACCAACAAGAAAUACAACAUUUACGUCAAAAAGUCAUUACUGCCGAGCAACAAUUAAGACUGACACAAAGUCCAACGUAUUUACCUCAUGAUAGACAAAAGGCUAUGCAAGAACAAAAUGCGUUCCAAGAACAAAUACGAGUGCUGCAAAGCAAGAUUAACUCAAGAACUGAACGAAUCAAACUGAUCAUUCAACAAGGCUCCCCAAUAUCCGACCCUUUACUAAACUAA